AUGGAUAACCGCAAACUUAAACCGGGUAAAACCAAAGAAGAACAACAAGUUGAAGAAGAUGCGAGUUUGCUAGCGAGGAGGCUCUCAAACGCAAACGCCUUCCCCAUGGUCCUCAAGGCCGCUUUGGAGCUCGGUGUGGUCGACAUCAUCACCACCUUAGGCGACGGUUUGUGGCUUUCACCUUCUGAGAUAGCUUCAAGACUCCCAACCAAACCGAGCAACCCGGAAGCUCCGGUUUUGCUAGACCGGAUGCUGCGGUUUCUCGCCACCUUUUCGGUUUUAAAAUGCCGUACUGUAGUAUUAGAAGAGAACGGCCAAACCGACAGAGUCGAGAGGGUAUAUGCAGCCGAACCGGUCUUCAAAUAUCUCUCAAACAAUAAUGACGUCUCGGGUUCGUUUGCGUCUCUGUGCAUGGUGUUCCAUAGCGACGUAUUUAUCAAGACUUGGAUGCAUCUCAAAGAUGUGGUAUUAGAAGGAAGAGAUGCAUUCAGUUAUGCGCAUGGGAUGAAAUUAUACGAAUACGUCCAAACGGAUGCAAAAUUCGGUGAAGUGUUUAACCGGGCUAUGUUGGAAUCUUCCACCAUCGUUAUGGAGAAAGUUCUAAAUGUUUAUGAAGGAUUCAAAGAUGUCAAGACUUUGGUGGAUGUGGGAGGAGGACUUGGUCACAUACUAAGUCUCAUCACUUCCAAAUAUCCUCACAUUAAGGGUAUCAAUUUCGAUUUACCCUCAGUUUUAACCGCUGCUCCUCCUUAUCCCGGCGUACAACAUGUGGCGGGAGAUAUGUUCACAAAAAAUCCAAACGGAGAUGCUAUUUUCAUGAUAAGGAUCUUGCAUGAUUGGAAGGACGAUGAGUGCGUGAAAAUUCUUAAAAACUGUCGGGAGAGUCUUCCAAACAAUGGAAAGGUGAUAAUAGUGGACAUGGUUACACCACUAGAAGCGAAGAGCGGAGAUGUUUGUUCUAACAUUGUGUUUGGUAUGGACAUGAUAAUGUUAACACAAUGUUCCGGUGGUAAAGAGAGAUAUCUUUCAGAGAUUGAAGCUAUUUCAUUUGCCUCAGGUUUUUCUCGUUGUGAGAUCGUAUGCUCGGUUUAUCCAUUUUCCGUCAUCGAAAUCUAUAAAUAG